AUGAUGAUACUGUCAUAUAUACCCCAAAAUGACACAACGCUUAAACUCCAAUACAACAACAACAACCUCUUCGUUGCUACUCUAAAGCUUAAACUCCAAUACAACAACAACAACAAUCUCUUCACUGCUACUCUAAAGCUUAAACUCCAAUACAACAACAACAACAAUCUCUUCACUGCUACUCUAAAGCUUAAACUCCAAUACUACUACUACAACAACAACAAUCUCUUCAUUGCUAAUCUAAAGCUUAAAAUCCAAUACAACGACGACGACGACGACGACGAUGACAACAACAACAAUAAUCUCUUCAUUGCUGCUCUAAAGCAUAAACUCCAAUACAACCACAACAACCUCUUCGUUGCUACUCUAAAGCUUAAACUCCAAUACAACCACAACAACCUCUUCGUUGCUACUCUAAAGCUUAAACUCCAAUACAACCACAACAACCUCUUCACUGCUACUCUAAAGCUUAAACUCCAAUACAACAACAACAACAAUCUCUUCACUGCUACUCUAAAGCUUAAACUCCAAUACUACAACAACAACAACAACAACAACAACAAUCUCUUCAUUGCUACUCUAAAGCUUAAACUCCAAUACAACAACAAAAACAAUCUCUUCAUUGCUAUUCUAAAGCUUAAACUCAAAUAUAUUCUAAAAUUCUAA